AUGGAACCCGAUUCUAAUGCCACCACCAUAACCAUAAACGUCAAGUUCAAUGGUGAGACCAUACCUAUCUCAGUUUCACCCAACUCAACCAUCAAAGACCUCAAGUCCCUUCUUCUAGUUUCCACCAAUGUCCUCCCUAGGGGCCAGAAACUCAUCUUCAAAGGUAAGGUUUUGGAAGACCCCGUGGCUUUGACUGCAUCCAACUUGACUAAUGGAUCCAAAAUCAUGCUUGUGGCUUCUCAAGGUUUAUAUCAAGGGGAUGGCCCCAUCUUGAAGAAAGCUCAGGUUGUUCCCAAAUCGAGGAAAGAUAGUCACUCUGGCUCUAGCAAUGAGGUGAAGAAAAUUCCUGCUAAGAACAGGAUGGAACGAUGGAAAGCAACAGGAGUUGUAGCACUGUCUGAAAGCAAUUUGGAGGCCAUUCCUGAAGAAGUAUGGGUUUGUGGAUCUUCUACAAGAGUUCUAGAUUGCAACAACAAUUCAAUUAAAAAUGUCCCUGUUGAAAUUGCACGCCUUACAGGUCUAGAGAAACUAUUCAUGAAUUCAAAUGAGAUAGAUGAUCAAUCAAUUCGGUGGGAAGGACUAACAAAUCUGAAGUAUAUAACUGUAUUAUCAUUGAACCAUAACAAUUUAACCACUUUGCCAUCUGCGCUUGGAUCUCUUACCUCUUUGAAGGAGUUGCAUCUUUCCAAUAAUAAAUUGGGUGGCUUUCCAGAUGAAAUAGGGCAUCUGACAAAAUUAGAAGUUUUGCAAGCCAACAAUAAUAGGAUAAGUAUCAUCAGUGAUUCUAUUGGGAACUGCCAUUCUCUUGUUGAGGUUGAUUUCUCGUCAAAUUUUCUGUCAGAACUGCCAGAGACAUUUAGUAGUUUGAGUAAUUUGAAGGCAUUGCAUCUUAGUAACAAUGGGAUGAAAUCUCUCCCAUCUAAACUAUUCAAGACCUGUCUUCAGCUCUCCACACUGGAUCUCCACAAUACAGAAAUAACAAUGGAUCUCCUUCGCCAGAUUGAAGGGUGGGUCAAUUUUGACGAGCGACGCCGCUCAAAGCAUCAAAAGCAAAUCGAUUUCCGGGUUGGAGUUUCUAGAGAUUUUGAUGAAGGUGCUGAUAAAAACUAA